CAUGACUUUUUAUAAUUUUAGGAAAAUAUAAAACAUAACUUGAAUAAAUGAGGCAAUGUUCUGAUUGUUACCAAUGGCGAUGAGGUUAUUUGCGAUUGGUUUUAUUCCUUUGCUAUUUUAUUAUUGUCAUGCGUUCCCUCGUGUUUCACGCUUGGACAACAAUGUUGGAAGUAUCAGUGGUGGAACACCACUCAAGAUACGAGGAGAAGGUUUCUCAACCGAUCAGUAUGAAGGUGGAAAUGAAGUCAUCUUUAUAAAUCAAGUGACAAAGGCAUAUUUACCAUGUGAUGUAAUUGACACUGAUAGUACUUCAACUGUAAUAUCAUGUGAAACUAGACCAGAACCAACAAAGAAAGAUGCUGAAUAUAGUGUAAAGGUGAAGGUCAAUGGAGUAUGGCUGAACAAUGACAAUCCAAGAACAUUUUGUUGGGGAACCUGUCGGUUUUACUAUCGUGACUGGAACUCACCUUAUUUACGAAAUGUGUUUCCUGAAUCAGGCUUGCCAGAUGAAAACAUGCAAAUGGAAGGCAGAUUUCUGACAUCACAGAUUAGUCGAUUGUCUCCGGAUUUUGACAGUAAAAAGAAAGAAAUUAAUAGACUGUUUGUUGGCAAUGACAUUUGUGAUCCAUUUGAUAAAAAUGACAAUGAACUUCUUGGUGUGGACCCUGACAUGACACGUUGGUAUGACGAGGGAUGGGUGAAGUGCCAACCAAGAAUUAAAACAGUCGGCUCAUGGAAUGUGUCAUUUAUUAUUUCGAAAAGUGGAAGAUCAAAGCGACUACAGGAUUCAUUGCUGAUAAAUAGCAAUGACGAAUUGUAUAACUACCAGAUUUACGCAGAUGUUGAAAAUGUUGAACCUAAGAUGGGGAGCAUUAAUGGUGGUACGUUGCUUUCAAUAACUGGGAAACAUUUUGGAAGCAACAAAGAGAACAUCAAAGUAAAAGUAGCAGGUGUCGAUUGUAAAGUGGUCAGUGUUGAUAAUGAAUUGAUAAAAUGUCACACUGGUGUGCAAGAUCUGCAGGCGUCAGAGGGCGAGGUCUUCCCAGGUGGGCGUGGGCAUUAUGAAGAGAUUUGGCCUCAAAAAAGUCACAGUGUUGAUGAAAUUCGAAAGACGUACACCAAAAAUACUCCCAUUGAAAGUAUUUCAAGAAUUAGAUACGAUACUCAAGAAAUACUUAGUUACUCUCGUCAUCAAAAAAGAUACAGUGCUAUUGCUGGAGCAGUAAAAGGUUUUCUAAGACCACCAUAUUCUGGGUGGUUUAAUCUUUUGAUUAAAGGAGAUGAUGAAACAGAAUUUCUGCUAAGUUCUGACAUGCAUAAUAGGUCAAAAUCAACAUUGCGCAAAGUUGCUUUCAGUAAAUACCACACCAAGAGAGCAUACAUGUAUUAUCCAUCACAGACAUCUGAGUUGAUGUAUUUGGACAAGAAUCACGAAUAUUAUUAUGAAGCUUACGUUGCAGACGGUGGAGGGACUUACGAUCUUGCAAUUGGUUUAUUUGCUGGCCGCACUAAUCAUGCAAACAAGAUUACCAAAUCUGCAGUGAAUGAAAAGCAAAAAAUUACCAUUACCAGCACUGUUGAACCAAGUAAACAGCUUAUCACAUUUGAAGCCUCUGCGCAAAAUGUUGUACUCACUAUGGGAAGCAAGAGUAGCAUUCCAAUUAAUAAUGUUUCAAGCAUCAACGAUGUAACCGAAGCAGUAAAAGACUUACUUUCGGAAAAUUGCAAAUUUCUAAACUUUCCCGGAAAUCCUGGUGACAUGUACUACUUUGAAGAUUAUGAAGGAGAAAAAGUUGGGACUGAAUAUGGUAGCAGAACUAGUGUUAUGAGAGCAGCAUGUGGAAGAAAUAUGCUUUUAUUGGAAAGCAACAUGUUACCAUUCUAUGGAGGAAGAACAACACAUAAAAACGGCGAAAAGACUGACUCGUUUUAUAGUGCUCAUGAAUAUCCUUUUGUCUGCUUUUCAAUGGUUGGUCCGUUCAGAGACUAUAUUCGUGUUGGAUUACGAUACCAAACUUCAAGUUCUGAGAGAUAUGACAAUGUUGAUCUUAAGAUGCCAAGCAGUGACAAAAAGAUUCGAUGUGUGAACUUAAAAGAAUUGAUAUUGACAAACAGCUGGCUGCUUAACACUAGGAAGAUGGAAGCGAUGACAUUUCUUAAAGUUUAUAGCAUUGGAUUUCAUAGGAACAGUAGCUAUCUAGCUGAACUGGGUACAUACAUUGAUAAUUUUUGGAUUGGAAAACAGGAAUUGAAAUUGGGUACACAUACUCCUGCUGCUGGAAAGCAGUGGAUGAAAUCAUUUGUAGUGACAAAAGAAAGUGCAGCAUCUUGGCAAAUAGAACAAGUACCAGCCAAUUGCAGCUCAGAUAUCCCUUCGUUUACUGCAAAGGAUUGGGUGGUUGCCAGCAGACAACAUUCUAGUGUUAUAUAUGAAAAUGGAGGAAAGCUUAUAAACAUCACAACGUUAAAAAAUUCUAGUGAAGCAGUGCAUGGAACCUUUUCAUUGCAAUAUACCGAUGAGAAGAAAGUGUAUAACAUGUCAGACUUGCCCGCUGACAUAUCUUCAACUGAGUUAAAGGAAAUUUUGGAAAGUAGAGUGGUUGGAAUUGGAGACUUGCGUGUUGAUCGUGGAGGAGAUUGUCAUGGGUAUAAUUGGGAAAUUGAAUGGAUCUCUCAUGGUGGAAACAAGAAUGAAAUCGUGGUCACAAAUCAAUUGCAAGGGGUGGAUGUACAAAUUAAUGUUGAGACACUCCGAGAAGGCGGUAUUAUAUUUGGUCCGUUGACUGGUGAAUUUCUUCAAGUUGCAAUGGAAACACCACAGGUUGUUGUUACUGUUAAUGACAUUGUGUCAAGCUGUCGAAGUAAUAACUGCUCAUUUGAAUAUUCAACUGCUCAAACUCCCAUAAUAAAGUCAAUUACUCCAACUGAAGGUUCCACCUCUAGUUCAUGUGAAAGUGUUACCAUCAGCUGCACCGGGUGCACAAGUGAAGUGAAUAAAACAUCUGUUGUCAUUGGAAAUGCACCAUGUUCUGUAACAUCAGCAACUGAGAGUGAGAUUACAUGUUGUUUAGGUCAUUCACAAGCUGGUGAAAAGGAAGUUGUUAUUAAUAUAAAUGGUAAAGGAAAUUCAAAGCCAGAGUUAACUCCAGUUAUGUUCAAAUACUUGCUAGUUACAACAUCUGUUACACCUAAUACAGGAGCAUCAGUUGGAGGUCUGCAUGUAACUAUUUCAGGUUCUGGAUUUGGAGAAAACAAAGACCAUGUGUCAGUUUUCAUCGGUGUCCAGAAAUGUAAUGUUGAAUCUGUAACGAUGUCGACAAUUGUUUGUGUGACUUCUCCAGGAACUGAUGGAUUAUAUGAUGUGACAGUUAGUGUCAUAAAUCAAACUUCUGCUGUGUCAAAUUCAUUCAGAUAUGAUUCUACAUUGAAUCCUGUCAUUACUGACUUGUCUCCAAAAAAUGUGUCUGUGGUAGGUGGUACAACUAUUUCAAUAUCUGGCUCAGGAUUUCUAAAUGGUGCCGAGUUGCCUAAAAUUACUGUAGAUGACACUGACUGCAUUUAUGUGUCUCAUACAAGUACACAAAUUCAAUGCAUUACCCCAAGCCUUAGUGUUGGUGAAAGGAAAGUAUCAGUUAGUAUGACUGGCAGAGGCUCAGCAUAUUCUAUGAUAUAUUACUACUUGCACGUGUACGAUGUUAAUCCAAAAUGUGGCUCACUUGUUGGCGGUUCUUCAUUGACAAUAACAGGUGAAGGUUUUGGUGAUAACAAGACAAGAGCUACAGUAUUUAUGGGAGACCAUCCGUGUGAUGUAAACACUCUUAGUGAUAAUAAAAUAACAUGUAAGACAACAUCAGCAUCAAAGACAGUACACCUUGAUAACAGUGCAGCCCACCCAGAAUUUGGACCAGGCUAUGCAUGGAAUUCUUCGAUAGUGAAUCUUGUUGUUGGUGAUAAAGUUAAGUGGCACUGGGCUACGAAUCCAUUAUCAAAUCUUUUGAUUGGAAUUUACCCCGCUAACAGUGAUGAUUCGUCUGAUUAUGACAACACAGAUAGUAUUUGCGCUCCUUCACCUAGUGGCAGUUGUAUUCAGAGAUAUGAUGCUCCUGGCACUUUUUAUUUUACAAGUGGUCUUCUGGUUGAUAAUGGCAACACCAAGAUAGCAUUUGGCGGGAAGAUUAUUGUUAAAACAGCAAAAGAUUUCGUGACACAUUUGAAAGUUUUCAUUAACGGUCACCCUGCAUUACAACUCCCGACAUCUUCUUGCAUACAACCUAGUCAGACUUCUAAUAUGAAUUCAUCAUGUUCUCAAUGCAGUCACAAUUACACCUGCUCAAAGCUUCGGUUCUCAUAUAGUAAUUGCUUUACACCUGUUGUUACUGAGGUGGAAAACAAGAAGCCACAAAACCGCCGUUUGAUUUUGAGUGAUAUUGUCAUCAAAGGAAAUCUAUUUAGUUCAGUUAUUAAUGAAAACAUCGUUCACUUUGGUACGCAUCAAUGUGUUGUUAAGGAAGCGAGUGACACUGUUCUUGUUUGUGCUAUGGAUAUUUCCACCGAACCACCGAUGAACACAUGGCUACCUUUAUCACUGCAUGUGAAAGAGAAAGGUGAUGCUUUAAUCAAAAUCAGUAAUCAGUUUGAAAAGUCUGUGAUUUUUCAAAAUUCGUUGACAUUUGUUGGGCCUUCAUCUGGAUCCUAUGGAGGUUGUAGAACUGUAAAUAUUACUGGAGCAGGAUUCCAUGAUUCAAUCAAUGUUACAAUUGGUUCAUCAUUUUGUACAAAAUUGGCACUGUCAUACGUUAACAUUCAGUGUGCAGUGCCAGCCAUGCCGUAUAAUAGCACGCUUGUUACAAAAGUUCCUAUUCGUGUUUUCGAUACACUGUACCAAACGUCACACGAUGGCUGGAAUAAUAAACCAAACCAUCAAUACAUGUUUGAAUAUAACCCUGCUGAAACACCAGAAAUUUUGGAAAUUUCUCCAACGACUGUGCACAAACCUAAUGUUGUGAUUAAUACCAAUGUCACCAAAGUUGGAACGGACUCUAGCAGUCUCAAGAUAGAGAUAGGGAAAGUCACUUGUGAAGUGCAGAGUUUGAAAGAGUUUUCUAACUUUACUAAUAUUCUUUGUUUCCUAAAAGAACUGGAAGCUGGAGAACAUACACUGGUACUGACGCAUCGCCAAUAUGGUUGUGGGGUUAGCAAUGAAACCUUUAUUAUUACCAGUUCAGCAUUGGUGUCUUCUGCUCAACCGAGUAGUGGGAGCAUAUAUGGAGGAGCUGAAGUGACAAUUCAUGGUCAUGGCUUCCAUUUACAUGGAACAGAUGUCAUGUUUGGAGAUAAACCGGCUGACAUACUAUCUAUAAGUCAUUCACAGAUUGUAGUUAAAACACCUGCCUCAAAAGAAGGAGAAGUUGCAGUAAAGGUUUUGACAGAUGGAGUGUCAUUUGAUGAAGUUAAAUUUGAAUAUGCCACGGCUAAGACGCCGGAAAUAACAUCAUUAUCUCCCACAAAUGGCGUAGGUGGAAAUGUAUUAACCCUGGAUGGUCAGUUUUACACCAAUGAUGCUGUGGAUGUGCAAAUUAAAGUUGGUGAUACUGUGUGCCAAAAUCUGGCUGUGUCGUCCAGUCAAAUCACCUGCACAUUAGAAGAGCAUUUGGCUGGGGUGCAAAAUGUCCAAGUCUAUGUCAAUGGAUAUGGCGUAUCUAGUAGCGAACAGACAUUUACGUAUAAUUUGCAAGUUAGUAGCAUCCAACCAGUGGAAAGUGGUUUUGGGGGUGGACGAAUUUUAGACGUGACUGGGCGUGGCUUUGGACAUGAUACAGCUGUGACUAUUUGUGGUUCAGACUGUGCUAUACUGGGAAAACCAACAAAUACUACACUAAAAUGCCUUUCACCAGUUUUUAAUGGUGAAUAUUCUGUUAACUUGCCUGACCAAAACUGUGAUGUGAAUGUGACUCAAAGUGAUCAGUCAAUAAUCUAUAACACCAAGUACACGUACAAGCAAACUCUAACAUCGUCAAUAACUGAUGUUAGCCCACGGCGUGGUGGAACUGGAGGCGGAGUUAGACUAACGAUUACUGGUACCAACUUCCUUACGGACAAGAGUUUAUCAACUGUAACCAUUGCUGGUGUCAAAUGUCCUAUUCAAUCCAUGACAGCAACUGAAAUUGUUUGCAUCACCGGAAGCACUUCGAAUACUACGUUGAAUACCAAUGUCAUUGUUAAUUUUGAAAAUCAGGGCUUUGCUGUACCUAUUAAUGCAACGUUUUCAUACGUUGACGUUUGGAGCUCGAAAUUCUCUUGGGGUGGUAUGUCACCACCACAGAAAGGUGAUUUUGUGGUGAUAGAAGCCCAUCAAACCAUGCUGCUAGACAUGGACACUCCAGUCCUUAAAUUCCUACUCAUAAAGGGUGGAAAUUUUAUCUUUGAUCGUAAGGAUAUCAAUCUGCAUGCAGAAUAUAUUUUAAUAGUUAAUGGAGGAAGCUUUACAAUUGGUUCAAAAGAAGAGAGAUUCGAACACCGUGCUACUGUUACACUUCAUGGUCAUGUCCGAUCGAAAGAGUUGCCGAUUUAUGGAACAAAAGUUCUGGGACUUAGAGAAGGCUACAUUGGAAUGUUCGGUCGGCAUAUUUUGCACACUUGGACGAAGUUACGCAGUACUGUUAAUGCGGGAGACUCAAGUAUGGGGGUAAUGCUGCCAGUAAAAGACUGGAAAGCAGGGGAUGAGAUUAUUCUAUCAGCUACUGGUAAGAGUAUGAGAGAAAACGAAGCACUUCACAUUACCUCUGUGUCUAGCGAUGGGAUGACAAUAAAUUUCAAACCUAAACUAAAGUACAAGCAUGUUGCCAUUGUUCAGACUAUUGCUGGAAGAGUUAUUGAAACAAGAGCUGAAGUGGGACUCUUGACACGGAAUGUGGUUGUACGAGGCUCAAAACACGACGAAUGGAAUGAUGAAGUUAAAAGUUGUCCAACUGAGUUUGAUCCUGGUCAGUUUGCCAAACAAACGUGUUUUGAUGGGAAAUUUGGUGCCGAAAAAGGAAGUGAUCAGUUUGGUGCGCAGAUUAUGAUUCAUUCGCAUAUGAAAAGCAAAGGUUUAGCAACUGCCCAUUUCGAUCAUAUUGAAGUUACACACGCUGGUCAAGCUUUUAGAUUAGGAAGAUACCCCAUCCAUUUCCAUAUGGAAGGUGAUGUUCAUGGUUCAUAUGUUGUAGGCUCCGCUAUUCAUCGUAGUUUCAACAGAGCGAUAACCAUUCAUGGUACGCAUAACUUGAUCGUUGAAAGAAAUGUGGUCUAUGACACUUUAGGCAAUACAAUAUUUAUGGAGGAUGGCAUCGAAACUGGGAAUUUCUUACGAUACAAUCUUGUGAUAUUUGUCAAGCCAUCCAGCUCAACCUUGAAUGUUGAUAUAACACCAGCUGCAUACUGGGUAACGAAUGCAAACAAUACAGUCAGUCAUAACGCAGCGGCAGGAGGUAGCCAUUUUGGAUUCUGGUAUCAAAUGUUUGAAAAUCCUGAAGGGCCGAAUUACACACCGGAUAUUUGUCCAAGAAAUGUUCCUAUGCUUGAAUUUCAAAACAAUACUGCACAUACUUUUGGACGAUAUGGGUUAUGGAUCUUUCCCACUUAUCAUCCAAUGAAAACAGGUAAAUGUGGCGCAAAGGAGCAUGAGCCCGCCCACUUCAACACCCUUCUCUCAUGGAAUAACCAACGUGGCGCAGAAUGUUUGGAUUGUGGAUCCGUACGUUUUGUAGAUUUCAUUGGAUUGGAUAACGACAUUGCGGGAAUUGAAUUCACCGAAGCAGAUUCAAAUAAUUCACCAUGGGGUGGCGCAAUGAUCAAGGACUCACUCAUUGUUGGUCAUUCGAAAUUACGUGAGGUUGGAAGUUAUCAAACCCUUGUCAAAACUAACAGCAAUUGCACAGCAAAUGGAAUAAAGUUGCCGUUUACAGCGCGUUUGACAGUCUCUAGUGUGACCAUGGUGAAUUUUGAUGAAGAAGGCUGCACGUCAUUUGCGACAUGCUCUCACUGCAAGCCGUUUGAUGGUGGAUCAAUCAUUCGCAUGAAUAAAAUUCGCUUCCAAAGCAGUCCUAAUGUUUUAGACUUAGAGUUCAAUCAUGCUGCACUGAUUCAAGAUGAAGAUGGUACAAUCUCGGGUCAUCCUGGUGGUCGUAUCCUUCCAAGCAUGGGGUUGCUUGACCCAGCUAUUUGUAAACCAGCUUCAAACAUGUCGUUUGGUGUCCCGGGUUCGAUCUGUAGACAUGGUGAUUUUGUGAAAAUAGCUUGGAAUAAAGUAAAGCCUUCAUCUAUUGAUGGAAAAGACGCAUACCUAGACAAUAAACACGGUCGUGAUAUUGUAAAAUGGCGGAAAAAAUCGAAAACGCAUCCAAGUGGUUACACAGCAUUCCUUCCUGUUGGUGAUACCGUCAAGCUUUCAUUCCAAAAUUUAUCUCAGUUGACCAAUAUUUCCUAUGCCAUGGCGAUAUAUGAACUUCAGAAUGACGAAUUUAGUUAUGUGCAACACGCUUUUAAACAAAAACCAGACUAUUUCCGCACAUCGUCUGCUUCUCAUAACAACACAGAGGAGUUUCCUGAUGGCAAGAAGUACCCACACGGAGCGUGGAAUUAUGAUGAAGCGGAGAUGGACGUUACCUAUGUGGUUAGCGGUAAAGAAAACAGUCCAGAGCAACCAUCGAAAAAAGAAAUUAACUUUAACGUUUACAGAUGCUUCUUUGAAGAAUGCAAAGUGCCUACUCCACCCCCAGCUCCUGAAGGUCGUCCUGGAAAUGCCAGGUAUUGGAGUAAAAUGAGCGACUGGCAAGGUGCUCUUAAAGGUUAUGGUGGGCAUAAAAACCUCCCAUCUGAUGGCGAUUCAGUCAUGAUAAAUUCAGAUUGGUUUAUGGUUGCUGAUACAAUUUUGCCAGCCAUGGAUCAAUUGUAUGUUUAUGGUGUUCUGGAGUUAGAAAAUGGCCGUGAUCAUGUGUUAAAGGCAAACCUUAUUGUUGUGGGCGGCUUAAAUGGGUUGCUAAUAGUGGGAUGGCCAGACAAACCAAUGUUAAAUAACGCCAUCAUCAGUUUAACUGGUGAUCAUGGUACCAAAGAUUUACCAAUGCCGUCUGGUCCAAACCUUGGCGCCAAAGCUUUGGGUGUGUUUGGUCGCUUACAGAUGUUCGGAAAAAGACAUAACAUCCACUGGACUGAAUUAUCUCAUUCAUUGGUAGCUGGCUCGAAUAUUAUUCAUUUAGUGGAUGAUGUUGACUGGGAGGUUGGGGACGAAAUUGUUAUUACAACUACAACUUUUGAGUCAAGGGAAGCUGAGAAGUUUGUCAUCUCAUUCAAAGCUGGAAAUAGAACACUCCAUUUGAACAAAGCUUCUAAGCAUGCUCACACAGCAUCGCAACAUAAUAUAAAUGGACGCAAAUUUACAAUGAGUGCCAAAGUUGGUCUUCUAACACGGAAUAUUGUUAUUGAAGGUGCUAACGAGCCAGCACGGUCAUUGGAAGAUCAAUCAUUUGGAUGUCGUGUGUUGGUCGGAAAGUAUUCUCAAAAUGGUCUGACAUAUGUGGGUAAAGCCCAAAUAUCUGAAGUUCAAUUUAAACAUUGUGGACAAUACGGAUGGACUGAUCCUUACGACCCAAGAUUUUCUCUCGCAUUCUUGGAUAUUGGUCAUGUUGAAGGAAAUGACUCGUUUGUUCAACACUCAUCGUUCAACGACGGCUUCAACACGGCUAUUGGUGUUUAUGGGACAGACAACCUUAAUAUCUCAGAUAACGUUAUCUAUCACGCGGUUGGGCCAGGAAUCGACCUUCAAGGAAGUAACAAUAAAUUGCUACACAACCUCGUGGUGUAUUCGAUAGCUGAACAAACAUACAAGGUGGAACCUUACAAAUUUGAUAUGAAGUGGCCUGGCGCUAUUCAAGUUGAGUUUGCGAAAGAUUUUACCAUGAUAGGGAAUAGUGUGGCAGGAGGUGAAAAGGUUGGCUAUAGGAUGCAUGGUGUUCCGUGUUCUGAUGCUACUGCUCACGAAAGAGUGCGAGACAAUGAGGUACAUUCAACUCUACAUGGCAUUCACACUAAAGGAAAAUUCAAGCAUUGCGUCAAAUUCGAACAAUUUUUGAUCUGGAAGAAUUUGGAUUAUGGAAUCUAUGCAUGGCCUGACCGAAGCAUCCUGGUGAAGGACGUCAUAUUCGCUGACAAUAAAAUUAGUGCGAGUUUGAAUGUAUACGGUCCAAAUCCAUUAUCACACAAGUCCAGAGAUAACAAUGUAACAAUCACCAGCUCACUCUUUGUUGGGAAGUCUAAUAAUUUUGACUGCAUAAAGGAUAACAUCAUCCCAUACCAUGCUUCUUUUUAUCCACAGAGAUCACCAAGAGCAUUUAAAGGUGGAAAUGUUGCCAUUAUGUCCAGCUUGUUUUCCUCGUCCGCUGGUACUGGCCCACCGAUGACUUGGGAAGCUCCAAUGUCUUAUCCGGCCAUCAAAGGGUUAGCCAUGUACACUCACAAUACUUUUGCUCACUUCUCCUCACCAUGUGGAGAGACGAAGCGUGAUCUGAUUUUGAUGACCAACCCAGUAUAUGGGGAUGCUAUACACCCUGCUCAGCUUUCAAAUAUCAAGUUGAUUAACGUUGAUGAAGAUAGCAAGACCCACAUACAUAAACCAACAACUAGAUGGAUAAACCCUUCAGAUUGUGUGGAUAUGGAUUGUGAUGCAAGAAGAAAAGUGCUCAUCACUGAUAUGGACGGUUCAUUCUAUGGAAAAAAGGGGACAAGUUUAAUUCCAAAGUCUGAGUACGGUUGGGAUGGUGAUAGAGUUUGGGGGCUAGGUAAUUCUCGCAUUCCAAAACCAAUGUUGUCAAGGGUAAAUGGAGAUCGAGUCGACAUAGACACUGUAUAUCCGAACAAAGGCAUCAUUCGUGGCAUAUCGUCUCAAUCACAGUGUGAGUUUGUCAAAUCGUGGAACGCAUACAAAUGCGAGGGCAUGAAUUACAAGAUGCUGAUAAUAGAAAGCUUGGAUAAGGACACUGAAACCAGACGGCUUUCGCCUGUUGCAAUUGGUUCAGAGGGAUACAUCGAUUUGAUUAAUGGUCCACAGGACCACGGCUGGUGUCAUGGUUACACCUGCCAAGAGAGAAUUUCAACUUUUAAUGCAUUAGUUUCAACGGGGAAACAUUAUGAGGUGUUUUUAACAUCAAACAAUCCGAAGAGAAUUAGACUUAUGUUGCUGAAUGUGGAGGAGAGUGAAGCGAUUCGAGUGGAAAUGUUCUAUCAAAGACCAGAGAGGCUGGAUAUCUAUCGAAAAGGUGUGUACGUAGCUCCCACGAAUGCAAAAUACGAAGGGUCAGAAUUUAAACUGUUACCAAAAGAUCCGAAAAAUCCUACUAAAUUCCAACCAAGUACAAGUGGUUACCCUGCAGGGAAUUGGUUUGAUGUGGACACAAACAUGCUCUGGAUUGUGGUGAAGGGAGGGGAAGCCAUCGACAUUAGAACCAUGCCAGUUAUAAAGUUGCGCAUGGGCGUGUCAGAAGAAAGUGUAUCGACGGAUGAUUUUUUCAAGGAGAACAUUGUUUCGAAUCUUGCAGCUUUACUCAACAUACCGAAGUCGAAGAUUCGUGUCAUGAAAGUGGUGUCUGCAAAUGGAAACCGAAGAAAAAGAAGAAGUGGCAGUCUGUCCUAUAUUGAGGUUCAAAUCGGUGAUCCUCCCCAAGAAACGUUAGAUUCAUCGAACUCUACAACCACAUCAGGUGAAACAAAUUCAGUGAGCAACAAAACAACAAAUACCACAACAUUUGAUGACCUGCAGAAGCUGACAUCGAAUGUUGUGGAAGCUUCACAAACGGGAGAACUUUCUUCAGCGUUGAACUUAGACUUAGAUGUUAUUGUUGUGACGGAGCCCGAACCUGAACCAGUUAACCAAGGAAGCAAAGCUACCAACGAAACAGAAGGAGCAGCGAAUAGUACGCUAACAUACGCAGAAAGAAUGAAACUUCAAGAAGAACAGGAAGAAUCUAAGUCGAUUGAGUAUCUGAUACCAAAGAAACUAGUGAUGUUUACACAUCCAAGUGAAGUCAGUAACGAGACCAUACCCUUCUCAGUGCAGCCCAAGCUGCGAUUAUAUGACGUCUUGGAUAGGUGGGUGGAGAAUGUUGGUACGAAACAGCAGCCUUGGAUUGUAACAGCGUCUCUUGAUAAAAGUUAUGGGGACCCUCAUGCGCGCUUAGAGGGAAAUUUGAGCGUAGCUUUUGUGAAUGGUUCUGCUAUCUUUACCAACCUGGCAAUCACACAUAGUGGGGAAGGUUAUCGAAUUAUCUACAACGUGACCUACCCAACAACCGUGUCGUUUAUUGUCGCACACGGUGCGCAUGUUAUCAAGGAAAGAGAAUUUAAAUAUAACUUCACUGCUGAUUUAACUGCAGUCUUUGAUGCAAUGCCAUUUUCUCCCAACCCUAAAGUGGUAGUGUACGAUGCUGCGAAUGGGGAGAUUGUAGAAACUGGUUGGAAGAACAGAGAAUGGUUUUUCCGCGCCGAGUUGAUACAAAACGGAAACGAGAACGCUGUUUUGCUUGGCAACGAUAGAUCGUUCGUACACAACGGGGUUGGAGUACUCAACUACACCGCUAUUGAUCGCGUAGGAAAUGGAUAUCAGAUCAAGUUAAAGAUCUACACCAUACCAUCGUCUAAGUAUCUUGCCGAGUACAUCUCUUCAAAAUUUGACGUUUCUGAAAGGGUUCUGUAUGUAAAAGUUGCAAGACAGAUCAGUAAUUGCAACGAUACAGUGGUCUGUGGUCAACAGCCUACUAUACAAGUACGCAGUGUCCACCCUGACGUUUUGGCUGGCAACUUGGGAAUCAGAGGAAACACAUGGUUUGUAAAUGCUUCUGUCUGUUCUGCGGACCCAGACAACCCGUUACUUGGUACCACGGUUAUGCAACUGCCUAGAUUAGGUGAGGUGUCAUUCACUGACUUGCAUUUCGAUUACGUUGCAUCUGCAAAGAAGUUAUGCUUUGCAAUAUUUGUCGUCCCUGGCGAAAAUGUCAAACUUUUCAAUCUGACUGCAGCUGGUGACACUUUCCAAGUCAAUAAUCGAGUCAUGUACCUCUUCGUAACUACUCCUCCUGCUCGUGCUAACGAGACAGUCGUGUUUGGGCAGCAACCGGUUGUCGAUGUACGUGAUAUGGGUACAGGGAAGUCAGCUAUUCCCUUAAGAACACCGUGGACUGUAACUGCAUCUUUGAAGGAAGCAUUAAACGGAGGUGUGUUGUCAGGAAACAGGAUGGUGAAUGUGAUUGGAACCUUUGCCAAUUUUACUGAUUUAGUUAUCUCAACCUAUGGAGUUGGUUUUGUUUUAAAGUUUGAAAGCAACUACGGACAGGUGACAUACUCGCCGCCGUUUAACGUCAGGUUUACGAACGACUAUUACCCACAGUUCAAUACCUCAACACCCAGCACGUUGACAUGUUUUGAAAACGAAAGUACAUCUACGGUGAUUCACAAAGUACACGCAACUGAUAAGGACAUUGGGCUUGCUGGAAUCAUCAAAUAUUUUGUCGACGAUCCGACAAAUACUUUCGGCAUAUCAGAAACUACGGGUGAAAUCGUUUUACUGAGGCAGGUCGACAGGGAAGUAAAGAGUAGCUACACAGUCAUUCUGCACGCUGUUGACAGUGCGCCGACACCCUUUGAAUGGAGAACAACUAAAACACUUGUCAUUAAUAUUGGAGACAUCAAUGAUAAUCCGCCUGUGUUUGCUUCGCCGGUCUCAACCUUAUACGCGGAUGAAACUGUGACGGUUGGUUCGGUUGCCGUUAAUGUGGUCGCUACUGAUGCUGAUGAAGGGUUGAACAGCAAGAUUGUGUAUUCUGUUGUAUCUUCAAACGAUUCAAACGGGGUUUUUUCAUUCGUACCUAGCAACGGAAGCUUUAUUGCGCAAAAAUCGUUAGACCUCGAUCAAAGUGACAGUCAACCUCCUAUGUUUGUGUACAACAUAACAGCAACAGAUCAAGGUGAAAGCAUCCAACAUACAACCCACCAUGUUGUUCAUCUGCAACUUCGAAGAGUCAAUGAAUACACUCCUAUCUUUAGCACGCCUGGCGCGUCCUUGAAUAUACCCGAAAAUAUAGCUGUCGGCAGCUUUUUAUACAAGGUGUCGGCAACUGAUCAAGAUUCAGGAACAGAUGGUGUAAUUGAGUACACUAUCGAAGCUGGGAACGAAGGUGGUGAAUUCGCAGUUGACAGUAACGGUAGCUUGACUGUUGCAAAGCAACUCGAUCGUGAAACCAAGCCUGUUCACACGUUAACCGUUUUUGCAUCGGAUACUCCAACUGUAGGUGCACCGAAAUUUUCAACCGUCACUUUCGUCAUAUCACUCAGUGACGUUAACGACAACGCACCCGUGUUUACGACACAGGAAUGCCACACCUUUGUAUCCGAUGACGCUGCAGUUACGUCGACGGUCUUAACUGUUUCAGCAACGGACGCCGACAUUGGCAGGAAUGCAGAGUUGCAGUACGUUCUUCAAACUGAUGAUGCCGUGUAUUUUGACAACUUCUUUACAUUUGAUCAAACAUCUGGAUUUGUUCGUGUGAAAAAGGAUUUAGAUCUAGACAAGCAAAAUCUGUCUUCAAAAGAUAUUUCCUUCACAGUGCAAGCAAGUGAUCAAGGUUCUCCAUCGUUGAGUAGCAAGUUAAACUGUACCUUGUCAAUCACCGGCGAAAAUAAAUAUCCACCAACGCUGAGUCACGACUCUAUAGUGGCUGUGGUUAUUCCAAGCGACGCAAAACCUGGAUAUCGUGUUACUUCAAUCAACGCAACAGACGGUGAUUUUGGUCCAGACGGAGAGAUUUCAUACAAAAUAGCCGAAGGAAAUUCGGAGAAUGUCUUCAGCAUACUUUUAAACGGUCAGGUCAACUUGGCAAAGAUUCCAACCACUGGUUUCUAUUACCUUACGGUGACGUUGUCCGAUAAAGCGUCUCAAGCCAAGCGAAGAUCAACAACCUGCACAUUGGCAGUGUAUUUCUUAGGAGAAACCAUUCCAAAAGGUAAUAUUUACAUCGGAAAUGUACACAACAGUGGACAAAUUAAUUCCGUUUCUUCAGAAAUCGCAGUUCCUGUGUUUGCUCAGUCCGGAUUGCGAAAGCUUGAAGGCUUCGACGUCAGCAUCUCGUUUGACAGUGCAGCAGUUAGCUUUCACUCAGCUAAAAGUGGUUUUAAUGUGGUACACAGUGAAAGUAAGGUUAGAAUUGUCGGUGUAGUUGGUGUGGAUUCAACCACAUUUGGUGUUCUGCAAAUUGCUGAGCUCAAAUUCAACGUGCUUAAACAGGGACUUACAACCAUGUCGCCAUCUGUCUUUGCAAUGCUAGAUCAAGCAGGAAAAUACAUCCCCCUGUCUGCUGCACCGACUCCCUCUGAUUGUACAAGCGUUAUUUUUGCUGACGUCAACAAAGAUUGUCUAUUUAACAUUGUUGACAUCGCUUUUGCUCAAUCCUAUGUGAGAGAAAAGAGAAGCGGUUUCCGAAGUGAUCACGCUGCUACGUUUGCAUCCAUUACUUCUGAGCAGAGACAGAGCCUGGACGCUAAUCAAAAUGGGAUGAUCGACGGUGAGGACGUAACCUACAUGAUGGAUGUAAUGUUGACACGUUCUGUAGCAGUAAAGAGUGUUAAAGUAGAACACCCUGGCAGUACAAAGGACCAGUGUUUGUUUAAAAUUACAGUCGACAUCUACGACUCGAUCACCUUGCCCACCUCUUUUUCGUUGUACGCUGCUAUAACAUACACAAACGCGCCGUUCACGUCAAAUCCUCACGUUGAGACAAAGAUCACUAGCUUUUCGUUGUCUUCAGGUAUUUUAAAGCACGGCGAUGUGGUUCCUUUGACCAAAGCAGAUGCUUCUACCUACGUUUUUUCAUCAGAGGUCUCCACCCUGGCAUCAGAUUUAGGCGUAACUAUACUUGUAGUUGUUACUAGUGAGACUUCUCAUGUUACGACGAUGUUUUCGAAAGUCACAGGUGGCGAAACGAAGAUGAUUUCUUUAACAGACAGCAACAAGUUUAAUGUUUCGAGCAACUACGCUCCGCAAAUCGAAACGGCGCUACCGGAAACUACAUACAGAUGUCGUAACCCGUUAGCGCUCCACUGGAUGGGUAUAAGGUUCGCAGAAGAUUAUGACGUGCAUGUGAAGGGUCGAGAAGUCCAGUUUAAGCAGGAGUUUAAAACGUUCUACGAAACGUACGAAUUACUCUAUUACAACAGGACCGUUUCCGUUCUUAACAUAACUGUUAGAAAAGGCAGCAUUGUUGUGGAACAUCAAAUCCAACUUCUCGAAAGCCACAAAUCGGAUCUGAUUGAAGAUUUAGUGAGAAAGAUUCAAGAUGGCGGAUUUACUUUCACAUUCAAUUCAACUGUUUUAACGCCAGUCAAGACCCUGUUGAUUGACGGGACGGAACAAGUAAAACAACCGACGGAAACCGAUGAUAAAGAUGGUACCGUUGUUGCCAUCGUCGUUGUGCUUGUGUUUUUGCUUCUGUUGAUUCUGGUUAUUGUGAUCUGCAUAUGUUACAGAAAAAGGUUCCGCAGACGUCACCACGCGCCAACAAAAGCUGAAAUUUUGGAAGAAGAAAAUUCUCCAGAACAUUUGAAACCAAAAGCAAGGUCACCAAGUCCAGUUUAUACCUCAAUUGUAAUGGGCGAGAUGAAAUCACCUGUGACGAAGCCAAAGGAGGAGAAACACGAAGAAAGGCAAAACAGUGUGACGGUUGAGAAUGGUGUUACAAACAGCUCAUUUAGUCUGAAAGAUGAAAGCAGUGUACAAAUGGACGACCCAGCUGAAAUUUAUUUAUCUGAUUUGUCUGCCAAAGAAAAGCGAGAUAGCAUAUCUCUAGCGACGAACAAUCCGGUAGGCGACUCCAACCUCGAACGGUUUAAUCAAAUAUCUCCCCGCCCUAAAUUGAGUGCUCGCGCUCGACCGUACACCGCUCGCGAGCGACGAUCUGCGUCACAACAGAUGCCUGAAAGACCACAAUCUUCUCUCGCUGCAAUUAUCGUUCCAUUUGAUGAUUUAUCACCGCGCGAAACACCUCGACUUCGCGCCGACACGGAAGAGACGAAUCUCAGUGGACCACCAGGUUCGAUCGAGGAGGAGGAAAGAGUGGAAUUAGAGACUUCGACGACGAGUAUGAAGUCGCGUCUGGCGGGAAUAGAGGAAUAUGAUGUAGAUGAAGAAAUAGGAGAUGAUCAUCCAACAAGCUCCUUUCAUGUGGUCGGAGGGAUCGACCCUCUUGACAAUGAAAGCCUGCCAACAGAUUAUCGUACAUUGGAAGUGAAGCAACUUCGCGACGAGUCGCAGAACAUGCUGCAGUAUCUAGGUGUGGUUCAGGUCGAUAUCAAUGGAACGUUAACCAGUGCACGUGACCACUUUUUGACCAAGGAGGAUUGUUUUGGGGGUAAACAAAAGUUUUUGUUUGUCACAAAGAAAUUGAAAGUUAUUCAUCCUAAAAAAGAAAACUCGAUUCUCAUCAAAGAUGUGUACCGCCAUUGUGUGCAAGUGAAAGUUUUGCCAGAUACAGAUUUGAACAGUUUAUUCUGCGCAUGCGGGCGCAUUGCCACGUUGAAAUGUCCAGACUGUUUGCAAAGAGGUUUUUGUUCCGAUCAUUGCCAAGAAAACAAAGCCGCCGAUCACUGGAAAGUUUGCUCGAAAAAAAUGAAACAACUCAGUGGAGGAGAGUCUGUCAUAUAAUUUUCGCGCGAGACAAAAAAAAAAUGUUUAUGUUAAUUUUAUUAUAUUACAGGUCAUACGAAGUAUACCAUUUAUUUGAAUGUAAAUUUUGUUAUUUUUUUUGUUGUUAUGUUAAUAAAACUGAGAAGUUAAUUUGAGCUUUUAAUCACACUACACCGUCCUCUAAAUUUAUCUGUGCAAACGGAUAAAUUUUUAGUUAAAAUUUUCUCCUAUAAACUUCCCGCUAAAAAUGGAAUUUAAAUAAUGCGACAAUUUGAUUGGCUAAUUUCUAUUUCACAAAGACUUUUCCGUUUCUGUGUGCACAAGUUCGACGCAUUGAUUUUUACACUUUUAAUGUGGCAGGGACCAAUAUUAAAAGUUCUUUCCCAGAUUGUCUUUUUUCGUUUGAAAAUUAGCAAAAAGGUCGGGGGACCAUGUCCCCAGCUCUCUAUGUUUCGUGGACCCUGCCUUAAAAGAAGAUGGAAGAAAUUGUAAGUUUUACUUCAGAUCAAAACGAAAGUUUAUUAGCAAAUCAGGUUGCUAAAGGGAGAAAAGCCCAGCUUGUAUAUAAAUAAUUUAUAUAAAUUGAUUUGUAUCAUUAUUAUAGCAUAUUUCUUAAUAUAUUAUUAUAUUCACGUGUAUUAUUAUUAUUUUUAACGAUGCUGAUUUUGCUGCUAAUUUUACAUAGUAGAAUUUAUGCACUCAUUUUGUAUAUAUACACAUAGUAAAAAAGAAAAAAGAAUAAAAAGUGCUA